GACCCCCAAAGAUCUUUCAGUGAAGGUUUGCUGUCUUCUAACUGAGACGGACACAUAGUGGUGGUCUCAGCUUUUUUCUUUCUUUCUUUUUUCUUUUUAGCUUUUCUUCAGAGUUGAGACUUUUUCUGGUUUCCACUUUUUCUUUUCAUUCAACUGGACCACCUCUUUACUUAUUUCUUCAAAGUUUUGGACUUUAACCUUUCCUGGUCUCUCCUGUAGCUCUCACUCUUCUGUGAGACCUUUUUGUCCCUACUUCUACUUUUGUUUCUCCUUUCCUUCGUACCCUCAUUGUCUUUGCCCCUGCUGGUCUCGUCUCUGGCUAUGCGCCAUGCUGUCCUCUCCUACUGUUAUUCUGCAGCCCUACGGACUGCCUGUGUACCCGCAAACCGCCUCCUGCUACCCCAGCUUAGUACAGGGUGCCCCUGCCCAGGAGGCAGGGCCAGGCAGUGCUGACCCCACCCUUCCUCAGGUAUAUGCCCCACCCCCUUCAUACCCACCACCAGGACAAGCCCCACCCACACCAGCUGGCAGACUCCCACCCCUUGAUUUCAACUCUGCCCACCCCAGCUCAGAGUACCCGGACCACCACCAGUUGAGAGUCUACCAGAGCACUCAGCAUGAGGGGGUGGAGCCUAUAACUACCAAUAACACGGACGAUGCCCUGGCUCCUGUGACCUCUGACCCCCAGCCUCUGAGUGCCUCUGUGGCAAGUUGUGGCGGUGGAGCAGGUAGCGGGGGUGAGGAGGAGGGGUCGGGUAAAGCACAGCCCAAAAGACUCCACGUGUCCAACAUACCAUUCAGAUUCCGAGACCCGGACCUGAGGCAGAUGUUUGGGCAAUUUGGCAAGAUUCUGGAUGUGGAGAUCAUCUUCAACGAGAGAGGGUCAAAGGGUUUUGGCUUUGUGACAUUUGAGAACGCAGUGGAAGCAGAUCGGGCCAGAGAGAAACUCAACGGCACCAUUGUGGAGGGCAGGAAGAUUGAGGUUAACAACGCCACAGCCAGAGUGGUGACCAAGAAGCCUCAGACUCCUCUCGUUAAUGCUGCAGGAUGGAAGAUUAAUCCAGUAAUGGGAGCCAUGUAUGCCCCUGAACUUUAUACCGUUGCCAGUUUCCCAUAUCCUGUUCCUACACCAGCAUUGGCCUACAGAGGCUCCGCCCUUCGGGGGCGCGGUCGUGCGGUCUACAACACAAUUCGCUCAGCCGCUACAGCAGCCACACCUGCUGCUGUUCCAGCCUAUCCAGGGGUGGUUUAUCAAGAUGGACUCUAUGGAACUGAAGUCUAUGGAGGAUAUCCUGCCACAUACCGGGUCGCUCAGUCACCCUCAGCCGCAGCCACAGCUGCUUACAGUGAUGGGUAUGGGAGAGUGUAUGCCACUGCGACCGACCCUUACCAUCACUCUGUUGGGCCGACCACCACCUAUGGAGUUGGCACAAUGGCAAGUUUGUAUCGAGGAGGUUACAACCGUUUUACCCCUUACUGAACCAAACAACUCUGCAACAUCUCUGUCACCCAGCAGGACUCAAAGGUCACUCCCAUCUCAGCGCAAGGCGGCCGAUGACCUCACGUGACUCUGAAUGUUAUUGUUUCUGCGCUGUCUGAGCUGACCUGAGCAGUCUUCUGUGCCGGAACUGAACCUAUUUAUUUUAACAAAUAGUCUGGAGUGCUCAAAGUAUUUAUUGAAGCGUAAAAAUUGCCCCAACACUGAAACCCAGAGUCUGGGAAGAUCCACUGGAAUAUGCAUUUUCUAAUGUGGUGCUCAUGAUACUGGCACUAAUUACAGGUUAAUACAACAUCUUUAAAAAACCCAUUACUGCUCAUAUUAACAAGCAGCACUCUGUGUGUGAUUCUAAUUUACUCACAUGAUGACUUAAAGGGCUAUUUCAGCCAAAAUGCUGAAAAACAUGGAAGGCCAUGGCCAUGCCCAUCUCUGGUUUUCUGCCUCAUUCAUUUUGGCUGAACUUACCCUUUAAUAAUGUGCUCUCUGAUAAGUAAAAGCACUGUUGGCCUUUGCAGUGGAUGUUCUUCAGAUGCACUGCCACUGCCCAACUUCAUCCAGUCUGGGAUUUUGUUACACUGUAGUAUACAGUAAUAUACAUGUUACACUGUAGUAUACAGUCACUCACUGAUUUUGAGUGUGUGUGCGUGUAUGUGUGUGUGUGUCUGUGUGUGUGUGUGUGUGUGUGCGUGUGUGAUUUUAUAAUGGUCAAAUGUGAAACUGUGAGUUACAGUGAUGGCACCAGUGCAGGCGAUACAUUUUAUUGUAUAAUUAUCAUCAUCAUGUGUUCUUUAUGAUCUACCUCUCAGCUGAAAUUCUCUUUUUCCUUCUGUUUGCUCCUAUGCUUAAUCGUUAACAAGAGAUCAGUGCUUGAUUCGUUACAGUCCAGCACUACUGCUGUCUGUACAACAGUAUGGUUCUCUGUCAUCAUCUCUUUUUCCAAAUCUAUCUGUAAGGUGCUUCUGUUCGUUUCCUCCUCACUUAAAGGAAUAGUUCACUGAAAGAAACAAAUUUACACAAUGGAUGUAAACAUCACAAAUCGCCUCAAACCAGUUUUUAAUUUUUUCAUUGUGUUUUGCGGGGGCUUGCAACUUGCGGCCCACUUAACCAACCAAAAAAGGUUCCCGCAAUAAAGAUGUAACCAGUCUGGGCCCAGUUUCCCGAAAGGGAAGGUGAUUUCAAGUGGUGGAGAGAGGGUUCAGUGUGAUGUUUACUCUACCAUUUAAGAAUUAUCUUCAUGUGACAAGAUCCCUUCAGAAAACCCGGCCCAGAUUGUUUAGAAUGCAAGCAAAUCUAACACCAUAAUUGAUUUCACACAACACAAUCAACACCAAAAAUAUCUGCAAAAUUCUGUAGCCAUUUACUCAUGACGGAUGAUUUCCAUAUGAUACGAGCUAUGUCAGUUAUAUUGGUUAUGCACUUUUCUCCAAACCAAUCAUUAAGUUUGACCUAAAUGUUUUUGUUAAUGAUUAUCACAGGAACAAUAAUUGUCAUAUUUAAAAUGAUGUUUGGUCAAAUGUCUAUAGAAAUGGCCCACAGGUUGAAAAGCAUGGGUGUAUGGCAGCCUGUUAUCUAUACAAAUGGACAACAGUAUGGACAGAAUUCAGGCUUUCUUGUUAGGUAAGGGGACAAUUGUGUAAAUGGCAUUUUUUCUGAACUAUUUCUUCAAUCCCAUUCAAGCCUUCCUCUCCCAGCAGUCGUUUUGACAUCCACAUGUGAGGUUCCUGUGUUGUCCGGCUCUUGGGGAUGAGAAACUCACAUGGAAUGACACAUGGCUUCCUUUUCUAUCAGUUUACCAUUUGCCAUCAUGUGCUCACACUUAAACUACCAAAGUCACUGCUGGAAAAUCAGCUAACUGCACACUGUUCAGGAAACCUGAAUCACUCUGUGCAGCUCAUGUUACGCUCUGCAUGACUCAACUGACUUCUCAUUUGUGCUCUGCAGAGUCUGGAGUGUGGAUAAUAUUUAUCUGCUGAGGAGUUUGAGGUUAGAACACUGAUGUUAUCAUCACAUUAUGUGUUUUAAGUUUUAUCACAUAUAUGGUGCAGUUCACAUCUGCCGCUCUGACGACACUUUUUCCCACAAACUUGAGAACCUAACAUUCAUUUCUCUUUCUUCUGUAUCUGCUUUGAAUUUUCUCUCUCACUUCUGCUGUAAAUAAACCAUCUCUACCUUCUG